ACGACAAAACCAGAAAUAUUUAUCGGUGGAUAGGUGUAGUUUAAUUAGGACCCAAGAAAAACAAUUCAACGAGCCUAUUUAUUUCCGUUUACGUAAUGGCAACGUUCCGUUUGGGUGCAAUUGCAUCAAUUGCGACGAGGUUACCCCACCAAAAUGUGGCCAAACUGCAGCGAAUAAAUCUCGUCCGUCGAUUUGCUACCGGAGCAGCACCGAAAAAACCUACCAGCACACUGGGGCUGGCGCUAAAGGGGAUGGCAGUCGGUGCACUGGUGGGUACGGGCUGGUCCGGCUACAAUUUCUUCAAAGGUGGUCCCACAGAUCAUAUGCUACACGAGCAUGUGGGACCGAAGGUUCUCGACAAGCUGCCGGAUGUGAAAAUAAUGCGAAAAGUCGUCAAUCCGAAGGACGAUUCUGGUCUGGAUUUGGUGCUGUUCCAAUUUCAAACAUGUCCCUUCUGUUGUAAGGUUCGAGCCUUUCUCGAUCACAGUGGUCUGUCGUAUUCGGUAGUUGAGGUUGAUGCCGUCCUACGCCAGGACAUACGCUGGUCAGACAGUAAAAAGGUGCCGAUUUUGUUGGCAAAGACGAAAUCCGGCAAAUACGUCCAGCUAACUGACUCGAGCAUGAUCGUCUCUGCGAUUUCAAGUUUUCUCCGAGACAAAAAGCAGGACAUUGGUGAACUCGCUAAAUACUAUCCUUCGAUAUCGUACGAAAACGAUGCCGGGCGGAAAGUGUUCGAUAUCAUGAACAAAUACUUCCUGAUGUUCCAAGAAAAGAAGGUCGACAAUCGUUCGAAGGAAGAGCAAGAGGAGGAACGCAAAUGGCGUGCUUGGGCGGACGAUCAUCUGGUGCAUUUGAUUUCCCCCAACGUGUACCGCACGAAGGACGAAGCAAUGGAAACGUUCGAAUGGUUUUCCGAUGUGGGCGAGUGGAACGUACACUUUCCGAAGUGGGAACGAGAUUUAAUGGUUUACGUCGGUGCAUUCGCAAUGUGGGGUAUCAGUAAACGGCUGAAGAAACGGCACCAGCUGAGUGACGAUGUCCGUUCGCACAUAUACGAUGCGUGCGAUCGAUGGAUUGGUGAAAUUGAGAAGAAGAAAACCGUUUUCCAUGGUGGCUCGCAGCCGAAUUUGGCCGAUCUGGCCGUGUUUGGCGUGCUGAACAGCAUGGAAGGGUGUCAGGCUUUUAAGGAUUGUUUGGAAAAUUCCAAAAUUGGUCCUUGGUUUUAUGCCGUGAAGGAACGGGUGCUUAAAAACCGGGGCAAUGCGCUGUAAAAGUAAUUGUUCUGUAACUUGUUUUUAAAUUAUCGUUAAUAUGCAAUAAAAAUAGGCACAAAA